CAAUGUGAAAAUAUGUCCGAAGUUUUGUAAUGAAUAGCAGUACAGGUGUUAAAAACUGUAUGUGUGCUUCUACGUUAAGUACAGUUAAGACCUUUUUAUACUUAUAAAAAGGUUAUGAACUUUGUACAUUGAAUAUCAUCGAGGAAACGAUAAGCAAAUUAUCGUAAAGUAUGGCGCCUGAAAGGACAAGUGGUCUUAAUGUAAAUCAUUUAAAAAAUGUACCGAACAUUUUAACCAGUAUACCAAGUGCACCAUCUCCAUUUCCUUCUUCAAAUGUUCAGUCAGGAAAUCCUCCACCAUUACCUCCACGUCGAGCAGUCCAAAAUUAUUCUGAAUUCACUAACAAUCAACCAUUUGGAAGCAAUUAUUAUGGUGGAUAUGGGUUUGGAUAUGGUAAUCAAUAUAGAGGGUUAAAUGGAUAUGGUGGAUAUGGUGGAUUUAGCUCAUUUGGUCCAUAUUCUAAUUACAAUAAUUAUGGGACAUUUAGUGGACACAGUGGUGAUUCCGAAAGUAGAUUUUACCAAUAUGUUGAAGAAAGCACCAGACCAACUUUUCAGUUAAUUGAAACUGUUCUUCACACAUUUUCAUCCAUGACAAUGCUCUUAGAAUCUACAUAUUUUGCUUUGACAAAUUCAUUUAAAGCAAUUUUAAGUGUUGCAGAAAAUUUUGGAAAAUUACGUUCCACUAUAAACCAGUUAUUUAGUACUUUUGCAUUGAUUAGGUUUAUAAAAUGGUUAUAUAGAAAGAUUAUACGUAGUACUGGUUUCCAAGAUCAAAAUUCAAUUAAUGAUAAAUUAUGGGACAAAUCAUUAUCAAAAAUUGGAGGUGAAAAUGUUCACAAUUCUUCUUUCUGGUCUGGAUUUCUAGUACUUAGUGUAUUUUUUGUGAUACCAUACAUGAUUCAUAAAAUAUCAAGUAAUAUUAAACAGAUGCAGAUGAAAGGGAGUGACCCAAAAGAGUGGCAUCAAUGUGAAGAACCUGCAUAUAUUGCAACAGUGUUGUAUGAUUUUGUUGCAUCAAAUAAUGAUGAACUUAGUGUAAAAGCUGGCCAAAAAGUUUGCCUUGCACCCAGGUCAUUACAACCAAAAAAUUUACCAGGAUGGUGUAGAGCUACAGAUAAUAUAAAUGUUGGUCUCAUUCCCUAUAAUUAUGUUAAAGUUAUAGGACAGUUGAAAAAAGUGAAGAAAAAUAAUGAGAUAAGCCCUUUAAAUGGAGACAAAUCCUCUACAAGUGAAAACCAGCAUUGUAGUAAUAAAACAAAUUUUGAUACUGUAAAAAAUAACGAAACUACUGAAAAUUGA